CCACCUGGAUAUAUUAACUUAACGGCAUUUGUGACAACUACACCAGAUCAAGAAUCGUAUUACAUGAACAAAUGGGCAGACGGAAAACUUCGAAGUGAAACAACACUACGGUUGUUCAUAAAAUACAUAUACAUGUAUACACAACUCUGGCACGCCGAUUUCAUGCUGUAUUUCACAGGGCUCAGUAUGACCGCAGAUAGAAAUCCAAAGCAGGCUGUCGAAGGGAUAAAACAGGGACAAGGUGUCUGCGGCAGUAUGACAGCAGCCCUUGUAUCGGACAGCGGCGAUGAAGAUAAAACUGUUUUAACAAUGGUGCAUGAAUUAGCACACGCGCUUGGAGCACAACACGAUGGUGAAGCAACGACAAGGUCGUGCCCAAACACUGAGAGACACAUAAUGAACCCUUCUAUUCACGGCAUUGGAUCAACCUUUUCAUUUUGCAGCUUGCGCGACAUCAAUAAUUUUUUGAAGAGUGCUCAAGCUGGGUGUUUGUUUGAUAAACCGUCGUCUGGGCGAGUAGUAGAUCCAGUAGUGGAAAAAAGAAGAAAAGAAAGGUGUGAAGAAAUGAAGCGAGAGGAAGAGGCGUACUACGUAAGGGAGUGGUAUAACAACUGCAAGUUUUCCUGUCUGUUUGUGAAGUCUGCAACAAACACUGCGACAAGAGAGACCUGGGUAAAUGAAGAAAAUGGGACAAUCUGCAAUAAAUUUGAUACCUCACAGAUAUGCAAAGAUGGGUAUUGCAUACAAGACGAAGCCGCAAGCACUGCAAAUAGCGUUGAGUAUUAAUUUUUGUAAGAAAGGUAAAAAAAGAUUAUGCCAUUACAGACAGCAUUCACCACCUCUAGUCACACUGUUUAAUGAAUACACUAUUUCGUACUCGCAGCCUUUAAAAUCACAAUAUUUUCACAUUUCUUAAUGAACCAUAUAAAUGAAUGAUUAUGAAAAACAUGGUG